GUGUGUGUGUGUGUGUGUGUGUGUGUGUGUGUGUGUGUGUCACUCCCCUCCCCGAGCACAGGUGGACUUGAAGUGGAACACUGCCAAAUAGUUUUGGUUUAGAAGAAGAAAGGGAGGGGUGCUGGCAGUGGGUGUAGCACUUUUGUCUUUGUUUUGUAGUGUUUCUAAGAUAACUUUCUUUUUUCUUUUUUCUUGUAGCGCUACCUUAUUCACUCCUCCUCUUAAGGCGAGCGUGUCAAUGCUGAGAGUCUUGAUGUACUUCCUGAUCAAGACUGAGAAGGCCACAGAGGAACUGAAGUCAAAGACGUCUCUUCUCAGGGAAAGAAGAUCAGACCUGAGACCAGAGGAUGGUCCACCACAGGGAGGAAGACCGGAUCGGGAUCCCCUUCCCAAACCACAGCAGCGAUGUCCUGUGCAGCCUCAACGAGCAGCGGCGUGACGGCCUCCUCUGCGACGUCGUCCUGAUCGUGUGCGACCAAGAGUACCGCACCCACCGCUCGGUGCUGGCGGCGUGCAGCCAGUAUUUCAAGAAGCUUUUCACCGUGGCCACCGGGAGCCUGGAGGACGGGCGCCACCACCACACCGCCAUCUACGAAAUAGACUUUGUCGCCCCAGAUUCGCUCACGGCCAUCCUGGAGUUCGCCUACACCUCCACGCUGACGGUGACGGCGUCCAACGUGAAGGAGAUCUUGAACGCCGCUCGCAUGCUGGAGAUCCCGUGCAUCAUCAACGUGUGCUUGGAGAUCAUGGACAGCGGGGGAGAGGGCGCAGGGAGGGACAUGGACGAUGACGAGGAGGAGGAGGAUGAGGAGGAGGAAGAAGAGGAGUCGAGGAAUGAGGAGGACGAGGACGAUGAAAGGUCGCUGAGGUCGUCGGAAAGUAUGGCGGAGCCUCUGGGGAUGGAUGAGUCGCCAGCUCCCAGCACUUCCUCCUACCAGGAGACGUCAGCUGACAACAUGAGUGGAAAACAGGAGAGUCUGGAGAACCGCGCCCUGAAGGACUUCUCCAUCGCGUCGCUCCUCCAGGACGGCUUGUACCCCCGCAUGUCCACUUUAGACAGGAGGGCCAACUUCUCGCCUCUCCUGCCCGCCUUCUACCCUUCCAUGUGGGCGGCCGACUUCCCGGCCUUCCCUCAGAGUUUCCUCGACCCCGGCCUCCAUCAGCGCCCCCGCGCAGGGGCGUCGCCACGCGUCCUGGCCGCCUUCCCGCCGCCCGCCUCCGCCGGCCCCCUCAACCUGGCCGUCAAGCAAGAGAUCAUCAAGGAGGAAAUGAAAGAGGAAGUCCCGCCCGGUCUGCUCCACAGCGACUUCCUCAAGGAGUUCGUCAGCUCGGGCCUGUGUGGCUCCGUGGGCGCCCCAGGCUCCGUGCCGCCGCCCUCGGCGGUCAAGGACGAGGCGGAGCUGCGGUCCUACCUGAACUUCCUGAACUCGGCCUCCCAGCUGGGGGCGCUCUUCCCGCCCUGGCAGCUGGAGGAGGAGAGGAAGAUGAAGCCCAAGUCUUCGCAGCAAUGUCCAAUCUGCAACAAGAUCAUCCAAGGCGCCGGGAAACUACCGCGACACAUGAGGACGCACACGGGAGAGAAACCAUACAUGUGUACUAUCUGUGAGGUGCGCUUCACCAGACAGGACAAGCUGAAGAUCCACAUGAGGAAGCACACGGGCGAGCGGCCGUACAUCUGCCUGCACUGCAACUCCAAGUUUGUGCACAACUACGACCUGAAGAACCACCUGCGCAUCCACACGGGCGUGCGUCCCUACCAGUGCGAGCACUGCUACAAGAGCUUCACGCGCUCCGACCACCUGCACCGACACAUCAAGAGGCAGAGCUGCCGAAUCUCCCGCCCGCGCCGGGGACGCAAGCCCGCCGCCUGGAGGUCGGCUGCGCCGGCGGGCAACUUCCUGUGCCCGCCUGCCACUAACGUCACCACCGGCGGCGCGUUUAAGUCGGCGUACGAGGAAGGGAAGGGCCGGGGACUUCUGGGUUUGAACGGCGAGGAGGAGAAGGAAGGAGCGGAGAGGCAGCGAGGAGUGUUCGCCUUCGCCCUGGCGGGAGAAGACGUACUCACCAGAUCGCCUUAUUACGCGGCGACCUCUGACCCCUGGACGGUGAGACUCGAGCGGGCCCCGCCCAUCCCUGAGUCGGCCACAUGAAGAGCUUUCAAAUCGUACUUAAUGCUAAAAAGAAGACUGUCAAUGUUUACAAGGGAGAUUUUUUUUUAAGAUGCGUUCAUGUUCAGGAAAUUUCGCCGCCUGUAUUGGCAUUUGAAUGUAACACAGUUAUUGUGGAGGAAUCAGGACUUUCUGGGUGAAAAAAUACACGUAAUCAAGCAAAAAACAAAAACAAAACGAGCACUUCCACUGCACUAUUGUACAUAAACACAACACGUCUUAUUUCCUUUGCAGUCAUUAAACACUCCUGAAAUACAGCACUAUGUCAUACAUGAACUAUGUAUGUGUCUGACUGACGCUUUCUGGGCUUCUUUCUGCUGCCAACAAUCACAUUUAUUUGACUUGAAAAUUAUAUUUGUUAUUUUCUUUUCUUUUUUUUUGUGCUAUUUAUGCAUAUUUAAAAUGAUGAAUGAGCCUUGGCUAUAUUUUGCAAAUGUUUUAUAAAGACUUUAAAUGUUAAACUUUGGUGUUUUUUUGUGUAAGAGCUUUUUUAAUUGUUUAUAUUCAAUAUUUUAGCUAAAUAUCUUUUUAUAUAGA